AUGCCACUGUGGGGAUGGUUGGGAAUAGGGAUUUGUCAGGCUAGGCUGCUGAUAGAAUCUUCCUGGAGAUAUACAUAGCUGCGUGACUGUGUGGAAAAGGCAACUGAUGGAAAAGAAGUCGCACUAUGAAAGACGUGAAUAAUGCAAGAGAGAAUGACAAAGAUACAGUGUGGGCGAAUGGUGCAGAGAGCUGUGAGAAUGAUGCACCCAUAAGCAGGGGUUUCUCACUGGAAGACUUGCUUGAUGAAGUGGAAAAGAUCGGCACUGUCACCACUGGAGAUAAAAAGGCAGAAGUAGUGGUGAAACUGUGGAAGAAUGGAUUCACAGUGAAUGACGAGGGACUCAGGAGCUAUUCUGAUGAUGAAAACCAGCAAUUCCUGGACUCAAUUAAGAAAGGGGAGCUGCCCUUGGAGCUCGAGAGAGCAUUUGUGGAUGAGGAGCUGGAGGUUAAAGUGGAGGAUUUGAAAGAUGAAAUGUACAAACCCAAGAGGAAGACAUUUCACCCCUUCACUGGCCGAGGAUACAGACUCGGAAGCGUUGCUCCCACAGUGGUAACGAAGGACACAGAAGGACCUCCAGUCCCUUCUCUGGAGGUGAACCACACGCAGCCUGUCACCAGUCUUCAGAUCUGGUUGGCAGAUGGAAGAAGACUCGUGCAGAAAUUUAACCUUGCUCACAGGAUAAGUGAUGUCCAGGACUUCAUUGAAAGAGCUCAGGGAACUAACUCACCUUUCAUCCUCACAACAUCCCUGCCACUCCGUGAGCUGAAAGAAAAGGACCUCAGUUUGCAGGAGGCGAAUCUGUCCAACGCAGUGAUUGUGCAGAGGCCUCUAACAGCUGAAGCCCCUUUUGGACACUCCUGACUGACGGCAACCUGUUUCUGCAGAGACCAUUCUUCAAGAACCCUGCGAGACCAGGGACGUCUUGGAAAGAAAAUAUGAAACUUGAUCUUCCAAACCCAGAAGGGAUAUUGUACAUUCAGAAUGCCUUCUCAAAACACAAUACCUUAGUUAAAUUAAUUUGUACACUUAUGUUUUGUUCUUGGGAAAUUAAGUGGUAUGUAAAUACCUUUAAUACUCUCUGAACAGACUGUAAAUUAAUUUAACAGAAUGCUUGUUGUAAAUAGUAUGGAAAUAAAAAGAUUCUGGUUAAAGUGGGGAAAAAAAGUGUGUUAGUGAGGUUGGAAUAUUUGUAGGCUAAACUGAAUUUGUGAAGUAAUUUUUGUUGCAUCUAUAAAAAGUGAUUUGAUACAAGUGCAGGAUUGUCAGUUACAGCUUUUCUACAUUUAUGGAAAUGAUGACAAUUUGCUUCAUUUAUUUUAAAAAUAAUAUUUUAAGAAUAAUAUUUUAAGAAUAAAGAUGUCUCCCGGGUCUCCUGACUUGCUCAAAGGCGUGGCCCAAGUGCAGGUUGAGGUCUAUUUGCUUGGGUCAUGUGACUAGUCUGCUGUGACUGGGCAUCCCCAAGCAGCUGAGCAUUCUCUCCAGGGACUUCCUGUGAGCUGCCUGUGAUUGAUGUGCGUCUCUCCCAGUUGGCACAAAAAGGUAUGUGGUUCAAAAGUCGGCAGGUGGGAGGAGUCUGUCAGCAUUUCAAUUACGUACAAAAUUAAAGUGGUCUAUUCUUUGUCAAUGGGUGCAAAGGGGGCCCAAGGAACCUUGUUUCUAUGUACUUCUCUGAGUAAUUUGUCUCCAGAUUCAGCAGUACCCACUUAAUCUAAUGUGUACAGGUUCUCUUAUUCUCUGAAUUUAGGUUACUGUAACCACUUUAAAUCACUUGAUGUCCUUUAGUGUCUUUUGAACCUUGUAAGUUAUUAAGAGUUUGUUUUCACUUUUCCAAAAAAGUGUGACUUCUUGUAAUGUAAACUGUUAUCAGUAAACAGGACAUUUUAAUACAUAAUGUGAUGAACUGUAUAUAUUGUACUGAUCAGUCUUGGAGAGCUAGUGGUAAAUGACAAAUUCAGAACAAACCAAACUCACCAAAAGAUAAUAUAUAGUUGCAGUUUUACUUAACAUUGAAGGGGAACUAUAAAGAUUAAUUGUGCCAUGAUUUGGAAACAACCCAUUUCACUUAUCAAUAGUUAAACACGGGAAGAAGAAACAUGACAGCUGAAAGCAAGCUGGGAUGAAAGUUGGUGCUGCUUACUGAUCUUCAGAAAACCAUGUGGAACAGACAGCUCACAGGCGGCUUUCUGCUGAAAUGGAGCAAGAGGCAUCUCCAACAUGAUUGCUUAAUUCAGAGCAUGCAGUGAAAGCCCUCAGGAACACAGGGAGAACAUGCACGCUCGAGCAGAUACCCAAAGCCUGAAUCAACCCCUAGACUCCAAAGCUGAAAAACAGCUACCGGUGAUACUGCCUGUGAUAAUCUGCAGAUGAUCUUCUCUGACAUCCAGCUUUUCAUGCAACCAUUCUUUUCUUGGUAAUUAUCAUACAUUUUUAACAGCCUCUUCAUUCCCAGUAAGCUUGAUUCAAGUCUACGUUUCUCAGUGGUUCUGUCAGAGGAACAUGAAAAUUGUCCUUUUCAUUAUGUGCAUUAUGGAGUGUUAAGGAAGCAUGAGGUUUGCUUUCUGUAGAAAAUGCAAUAAUUACAGCUUGUCAUUGGUUAAUUCUUACAAAGACUUUUUAAAAACAUUAACAGUAAGUCUACAGGUUCAACACAGCCUGUUUUUUGACAAGACAAUCCGCCUCCAGUCAUUCACCAGAGAGAGAUAAGAGGUUUCUGGCAAACAUGGUCUGACUAUCAAUUGUGAUGACUUGAUAUUUUAGAUGUUUAGUUUUUUAAGUACCUUUAAAAAGUAAAAUAGUUUUCACAAGAUUUUGGUGGUAAAAUUUAAUAAUUAUCACAACAGGUGAGUGGAACAGAUAUUAUCAAUUAAAUAAGGAGUAGUAAUGUAUUCUCAUUAUGUAAUGCUUAGUAAAGUACUUUCACAACCUGUAGAAAUUCAUUUGCAAGAAGUGUGAAUUGUACAUUAUUAUCUUGCAGACACUGUUUUAUCAGUGCCAUUGAUAAUUUAUAUCAUUUACAGAUUGUUUUCUUGUAAUGUAAUUUAGUGCAAAAGUCUCUCCCAACAUUGACAAGUUUAAAACAGAAAAGGUUAUUUUUUAUUUGUUUCUCUUUCUUUUUCUAUUCCAUGUCUAAUAAGAAAAGUGGCUUGUGGUCUGUUACAGACCAAAGGCACUGGCUAAUAAUUUUGAACCUUUCAGUGUGAAGGAUAUACAGUUAUAUAGUAACAUAUAUACUGUAUACAUUUUGGAACAACAGCAUUUGACCCACUAUUCUUUGGAUCUUUAUUAAUAAAUAUUGAUUCAAUGUUUCACCUUUGUCACACAAAAAUGUGUAGCUAACCUGUUGCUUAAAGGCCAUAAUGAAUAUGUAUUUGGCAAGCAGAAGAAUACCUGGAACGAUGCUCUCAUUGGCUGCACAGAAAUAAUAGAGAUGGAAUGCACUGUGUCACCACCACCCUUUUCAGCACAGGGCAGUAGAAUGCAGUAGAAUUUCAACAGAAGGGAGCAUAAAAAAGUGUCACACUGCUCUUCUUCAGACAUUGUACUAUGGCUGGGUUUUGUAAAUAGGAAUGUUGAUAAGACAGGUCAAGGUAAAACAGACACAUAAAGAAGUCUUUAGGUAGAGAGGAAAGUGCUCUUUUAUUGACAGUGCAAGGCAAAUUAAGGAAUUCCUCAAAACAAAAGCCUAAACUCCUCUUUGAGCUUCUCAUUAGACAUCUUCAGUCUCUUGUAAACAUUCAAACCUUGCAACAGUUUUGCCUGUCGCUUGGUCAGAUGUCUUCUUCUCUCACUCUGGUGCAGUUUGUAUAACAGAAGAUCUGAUCUUUUUUUCUCAAACAGCAGAUAAAAAGACUGAUCUUGGAAGCCUCCAAUUAAAUUGUCAUAUUACCAGUUGUCAUAACAACCAACUGGUCAGGUGACUGAGGUUGGCAAGUCUUUUCCCACAGUCCUCUGUGAAAUGUAGUUCAAAACUAACCUUGGUUUUGCCUGAAUCUACCACACUUUCACAACUUAUAGACAUUUGUUUUUUUGCACAAAAGCCUGCAACUAUGCAAAUUAAAGGGAUACAGAAGCUGGAGCACUGCAGAAGUAUAGAAGUACAGUGCGAAAACAGAAUGAGUGCGCUUCCCUCUGAACCAGAAUUUCCAAAACAAAUGUUCCAAUGUGGUGAAAGGGGACACUGUGCUGUAGGACUGUACUGCCGACCUUCAGAUAUACCAUUAAAUUGAGGCCCAGCCUAACGUGCUCAUUAAAAAUCCAGAGCUGUUUAGUGGGACUGUUUUGAGACACCCAGGUAUGUGUUGGGGACGUUUUUAGAUGAAAGGUGCUUUAUAAAUGUAAUUCUCGUUAUUGUUAUACAAUGUUAUUUUUGUAGUAUUCAGUAUGGGAAUUAGGAGCAUAGAGCUGGAAAUAAAGCACCCUUUAUAUAACCACGAGCUAUGUACGGGUAUGGAAAGCUGUAGAAAAAGACAAGUGAAGUGACUUAUUUCAAUGUGUAUUACAUUGU